AUGCUCAGUGAUAAGGAAUCGCUGGCGUUUGCAGAGGAGGGCAACUCCCCACCCCUGUCGCGGCAGCCAACGAAAGCACCGGCGGCCGUGCCAAAACGGCCACGGAUCAACACGAUGCCGCGCCUGCAUUCACCUAGCCUGCAGACUGCCAAAACAGCGCGCUCAAAGCCUCCGCUGCACAGCUCGGCGUCCGGUGCCGCGGCAGGUGGCACCACCGCGCACCCGUCUCCCUCCGCAGCCGCCAGCAAGCCAACCAAGGCCGACAUCAUGUCCGAUUCAGACACCGACAGCAUUUUAUUUGCCGAGGAGGACGGCUCAGCGGCGGGGAUGCCGAUGCGUUCAUCCACAUCGGCAAUGGUGCGGCCGGCGACUCGGCAGAGCCUCACUUGUGCAACACCGGCCGGGAGGGCAAAACGACUAAGUCGCGCCAGUAGCAUCGGCUCCAUUCAGUUCAACUCAGAGCCGGGUAGUCGGAGUACAUCCCCUGGUCCCAAGGUUCGCGUGAAUCCUCGUGCUUCGACACCCGUGGAAAAGGCGGAGCCGCUACCCCCGCCGCUCUCCAGUGCCAAAUGCUGUGUUCCUACCGACACCAGCAUCAGCUUCAUUGAACUUGGCUCGGAGUGCAUAGAGUUCGGGCUCUCCUCGCCGGCGCAGCCCGAGAAAGAGAAGUGCACGGCGCCCGUGAAGAACAGCGCCCCUCCGUUCUGUCCUCUCUCAACUCUGUCCGGUGAAGCAGCGGCCGCCGGAUCAGCAGGUCGGCAUUCGACAGUCAACGAGGACAGUAUUGCCUUCCAGACUGAGGACGACAGCGACUUCAUACAGAGCAUCAGCACCCCCGUCUUGCCCCAGAACCGAAGCCUCGCGGCGAUGAACAGCGGGAGCAUUCCUGCCAGGCGCGACGGUCACUCUGCCUCUGCCCUGGAAAGCUGUGCAGGUAACUCUGUGGGUAACGACAGCAUUGCUUUCAUGCUCGAAGACGACGCGAAUGACAAGAACCUGCCGUUGGGGGCGACUGUUGCGUACCCGUCGAAGCGGGACACCGGGACGCCGAAGGUAUCGUCGUCGAAUCGCUCCCACUCGUUGCACAGUCGCCCGCCGUCGCGGCCGCUGAGCCCGUCGAUUCGAUUUGACAUAGACAACGCAGGCAACGAGAGUGCCAUGGAGCGCUCCGACCCGCUGCUUGGCAGCCGUGGUACUCACCCGCUCGCCGCAAACAAUCUGCCUGUAUUUGGUCACGGUUCGACUCCAACUUCGUCGCCAAUUCCGGACGCCCUCUCCCCCAGCAUCAAUGCGGCACUGGGCAGCGCAGCGGGUGUCGGUGUUCUUGACGCCGCUGGAGAGGCUGACACGGCAGCAACACCUUCACCGACAGCCUCUCAACUGGCCAAAAAAACCGUCGUGACAAAUCGCCUCCAACAGCCAAAGACUCAGCACUCGCGUCUGCCUCAACCGCGCAAGCACGCCCCCACACCAGUCGGCGGGGACGCAGAGCUGUCUCCCUCGCGCACCCCCACUCACCCGCCACUGUACCAAAGGGCAGCGGUGUCCACCCCUCUCGACGCGCAGGCCGCUAGGGCGCCGUUGGUGUCGUCUACUGGAGGCUCGAAGAGCCGCUCUGCCUCCUUGAGCGACCGCAACUUGUCAAGGAAGAAGGGCGCUCGGCUGCCCUCGUCUCCUCACCCCACGCACGAGGAACAGCAAGAACGGCUGAAGCGUCGACCGAAGGAGUCCACGGCGUCCUGGACAACAGGUGAGUCGCCAAAUCGCCGACCUGUCACAGAGGAAGGCAGCACCGGGUCGAUGGAUUCACCACCCGAGGCUCUCGUCACGGGGGCCCGAAGUCAGACCUCAACAGCGAUCGCCUCUGCCAUCCCCUCGCCGACGCAGGCGAUGCAAAUGGCGUUCCCGGCACCCGCCGGUCAAGGCGCCCUCCACUGUCCUGUUCAGGUGUAUUCGGUCAACCGGGAAGGAGAGAACCAGUAUUACCGGCACCACCAGCAGCUAUACCGAGGUGCGAACCCCCGCACAGCCGACGACCACGCGUACGCGCUGGAGAUGCGCGGCGAGUUCGUCACCGGUGCCUUUGAAGAGGCAGAGCAGUGGCGCCAGUUUAAUGAACGGCAACGUGCAGAGCUGGUCGAGCUACGCAAGCGCAUCGCCAUUGCCCGUCGGCAGGAUCGCACGCUCCUGGAGAGCUCGCCGUCGCACGAGUGGAAAGCUCUAAUGCCCGCCCCCAACAAUCGCAGCCUCGUCCCGCAGCCAACACCGAUGGGAGGUAGAUACAGCAGCAUGAGACCGCGAUCACAAGGAGCACUGCACCGACCUGCGGUGCGCGACAAAGACGCCAAGAGCGGAGGUGAGCAAGGCAAACGGUUCAGAGAGGCGCCCUGGACGCUACCGCAGACAGGCAGCGCUAGACGCCUUCAGGCACCCGUCAAAGACGCUUACGCCCCCGCCGCUGCUGCUGAUAUGCCGUCCCCCUAUCCGGCUCACCGGACCGGGCCUGCCGUGUCAUCUCCGAAUCCUUACCCGCCCGCCACAUCCGCUACGCACGGAGUGCCGUCUGAUAGCAUCGCGCAGUCGGCGGCAGCAGCCUCCGUCGCGAACCUUUUGGGCAUUCUCUGGCCUCCUCGUACGUCAGCCGCAAAUCCCUCGCAGCGGCUCUCUCAAGCUAUCGGCACUCUCGUACCUGAAAGCGGCGCCCCGGAAGUUGACCUGUACUUCUUGAACGGGUCGCGACUUACCCCAAACCAAGUGGCGAGCUUCUUUGACCUCGUCCGCGUACAAAAGGACGCUGGGUCUCGCACGGUUGCAGCAGCUCUGCCUCGGGCGAGCGUGGCAGGGGCACUGGAGACCCUUUCUCCCACCAAGCUUCGUCAGCAAGCGAUACCCUCCUCCCUCACGGUGACGGCGAAGCGUGGCGGCGAUGCUGUGUACGUCGACCCGGCAGACCUCUACGCCGUUGGACACUCGAUUCCUCGCUCAUUGUCGCCGACUCGCGACAGCCGCGCAGCCCCGCUUUCCGCGAAGCUCACCGCCCUGCUCCCCAAGAAGGCGAUUCGCCGCAGCCGCGUGCUGCGGGAGGUAUUUGACGCGAUGGACCUCAAGCGGCAAGGCACCAUCGCGCUGGACCAUCUUCCGUCUCUGGCUCGCUUGUUUGAAGUCGAGCUUGCCUCCAUCGAGCACAGUCGCGAAUCACUUCUUCAAGGCAACGCAGCGCCGCUGAGGUCGCUGUUGGAAUCCGCAGUGGCAAGCCGACAACUGCACGCCACCUCGUGGAGAGGUGCACGCGAGAAUGUCGCUGCUGGCGCCCACAGGGGCCUGGACGCCGUUGACAGUGUCGCGCUCGAUUACGCCGGACUCACUCGGGACCAGCGAGCGAAGUUAACGCACCUCACGCGUCGCCUGCUGCUCUUGUCGUUUGCCGUGAAUGUCGUCAUUCCCAUUGCUUCGGCGAGCCGCAUUCCUUUGCUGGACUUCUCGACACUCAGCAUGAUUGUCUACGCCGCUGUGGACAACGUCGACCAAUCCGUGGGCUCGCCGAAGGGGGAGUGGCGGCAAGUGGUGCAGGAAUACUUUGUUGCCCUGACUGCGUGA